GAAGAGGAAAAAUUUUGAUUCAAUUUUUUUUGACAAACCUAAUAUCGAUGUUUAUUUUACUCAUCAUCAUCAUUGGGGUCGGGUCUUUCAUGUUCCAUUUCUCAUGGAACGAAACGAAAAUAAAAUCAGAUGAAAUUAGUUCAACAAAAACAAACAACAAACAACAAUAUGUCUCAGUUUAACAUUGAUUCGACCGGUGAUUAUCGAUAUAAUAAUGUAUUAUUAUUAUUAUUUGGUCCAAGUCAAUCAAGUUAAAAAUGAAUGCAAAAGAAAAACGUUCAAACCUGAUGAAAAUACGUAUGGAACAUUCGUAUGUAUUUCGAUGACUAUAUAAACCUGCCGCAUGACAAUGUAUUCAAUCAUCAAACAACCGAAAAAACAUUUUCAAAUCAUAAAAUUCAAAAUCAACUUUAAAUUUUUUCAACAAAAAUGUUCCAAACAAUUAAGACCUCAACAAUUUUGGUUCUUAUGAUGGCCACAAUUCUAGUCUCGGCUCAAUCAUAUUCAUCGCCAACGAAAAAUAUUAUUCAACAACAAUAUGAACCAAGCGGUGGUUCAUCCGGAUCCGAUGAAUUCGGUCAUGAACGUAUGGUCGGUAGAGUCAUACCAUUGGCCGUAAAAACACGACAGACAUUUGAUUUUAUUCCCGUCGACAUUCCUAUGGAACGAACUGAACCUUAUAUCAUUGAAGUUGGUGCCAAUUCCUUACCAUUGGUGAUGCAAUUCAAAUCGGCUUCAAGUCGAUUACAAAUUGAACAAAAUCAUGCAGGAAGUGGACUGGAUCGAAUGGUAGAAACCACAUCGGAAGAUCAGCCAAAACAUUUACGACACAAAGUUGUGAAACCGAUUAUCCAGGAAGUACGAGAAAUAAUCAAACCAUAUCGACGAAUCAUUCAAGAGAUUCAGCCAGUUACUGAAGAUAUAAAAACAAUAAUAGCACAGAAACAGGAUUCAAGAGCACCAACUACUAAACAUGAUGAACAAGGUGGCUUUACCGGUAGCAGUUCAUUUGAUGGAACAAAACAUGAAUCACCAUCAAUUUAUCCACCAACAAAAUCAUCAUUGCCAAGUUAUCCUAGCAAAACGGCCAGAUCAAUUUAUUGGAGUACGAAAAAUUAUUAGAUUCAUCUUAGAUCAUUAGAUCUUUUAAUGAUGAUAACGAUGACAAUCUAAACAGCAAUAUUUCAUUAUCAUCAUCAUCAUUCAUUCAUUCUAUUGAAAUUGAAACAAAACAAAUAAUACGGGCUACAUUUACAUAAUCAACAUAAAAUUUUGAAGAAAAAAAAAUUGUAAACAGUUACUUUUGAC